AUGAAGGUCCCGCAGUGCGCGAAGCGGUCGCUUGUAAAUCAAGGGACCGCCGCCUCUUCCCUGCCCACCGCCGCCACCGCCACUACCACCACCACCACCACCACAGCCACCGCCAUCGCCAUCGCCCCUACCCACCGUCUCCACCGCUGCUGCCACUUCCCACCGCCACCGCUACCGCCGUUCUUGUCCACCGCCGCCGUCGUUCCUGCCCACCGCCGCCGCCGACACCGCCCCUGCCCACCGCCACCACUGCCCACCGUCGCCGCUGCCGCCGCCGCCGCCGCCUCUGCCCACCGCCGCCGUGGCCGUCGCCGUCGCCACCGGCGUCGCCGCGGGCUGCGGGGUCGCGGGGUCGCGGAGAGGGCAGUGGCGGCGGCGGUGUUAGUGGUGCUCGCCUCGCUCGCGUGUUCAGUGGCAGUCGCGGCCAAAGGGCGUCUGGCGGCGGCGGCGCAGGAGGCCGAGGACGAGCGCCGCGACGCAGAGAUCCUGCGCGCCGUCGUGCGCUCCAUGGACGAGUGGGGACGGCGCGCCGCCGCGCGCCGCGCCGCCGCCGGCGCCAACGCCAACGCCACCGCCAACGCCACCCACGCGCCCCUCAGGUGGGCUGCUUCAGCGACGCGGCGUCUUCGGCUACCUGGACAUGCUGCCGUCGCCGCCCGAGGAGGUGGGCACGCGCGCUUCCAGGUGUUCGCCAGCGGCGGCGGCGGCGGCGCGGAGCGAGGGGAGGGCGAGGGCGCCGGCGCGGGCGCGGGCAUCACAGCCCCGCUGGUGGACGUGGCGUUCGCCAACCGCAGCGCCGUGCUCGCCCUGCGCGGCGCCUUCGACCUCGCCAAGCCCACCAAGGUCAUCGUGCACGGCUUCGGCUCCUCGUGCGCGCACGUCUGGGUCUACGAGAUGCGCUCCGCGCUCAUGGCGGUGGAGGAGUGCAACGUGAUCUGCGUGGACUGGGAGGGCGGCGCGGCCGUGCCCAACUACGUGCGCGCCGCCGCCAACACGCGCCUGGUGGGCAAGCAGCUGGCCCUGCUGCUGCAGGCUUCGCCGCCCGCGGUCUGCACCCAGCAGCGCGUGCACACAUGGCUUCAGCUCGGCGCGCACGUCGCCGGCUUCGCGGGCCGCGAGCUGCGCAACCUCAGCCAGCAUCACAGGGCUCGACCCCGCGGGCCCGCUGUUCGAGGGCCAGGACCCGCGCGCGCGCCUCGACGAGUCCGACGCCGACUUCGUGGACGUCAUCCACUCCAACGGCGAGAACCUCAUCCUGGGCGGCCUGGGCUCCUGGCAGCCCAUGGGCCACGUCGACUUCUACCCCAACGGCGGGCGCAUGCAGAAGGGCUGCAGCAACCUCUUCGUGGGCGCCGUCUCCGACAUCCUCUGGUCCUGUGCAACCACCGCCGCGCCUACAAGUUCUUCACGGACUCCGUGUCCCCGCGCUGCCACUUCCCCGCCUUCCCGUGCGCCAGCUACGACGACUUCCUGGCCGGCACCUGCUUCCCGUGCUCCGGGGCGCGCCGCUGCGGCAACAUGGGCUACUACGCCGACCGCUCCUCCGGCCGCGGCGCGCUCUUCCUGGUGACGCGCGACGAAGAGCCCUUCUGCGCGCACCAAUACAGCGUGCGGCUGGAGAGCGCGGCGGGGGAGGCCGGCGCUCCGUCCAGCUACGGCAGCCUGCACAUCACGCUGGCGGGCGACGCGCCGGGGCUCAACGAGACUUUCCCGCUCACGCAGAAGGAGGACGAGCAGCUGAAGCCGGGCCAGUCGCUGACGCGGCUGCUGGUGCCGCACCCGGCGCUCGCCGCGCCCACCACCGCCACCCUCGUCUACACGGCCUACGCCGGCUGGUGGUCGUCCGGCCUGCCCGCCUGGCCCGUGCGCAAGCUCGCCAUCGUCGACAGCUUCGGCAAGAGCAUGUCGGUGUGCCGACGGGACCUGCUGCUUCUGCAGACGGGCGUGCCCACGACGCUGCAGCUGUUCCCGGGCGAGUGCCACCCGCCGGUGCCGCCGGCCGCCUCCGCGUCGGCGGCGAACGCCUCCUCCGCGCCCACCUCCACCACCUCCACGGCGGCCCCGCCUCCGCAGGCGGCUGCAGAGAAGGGGGAGGAAGCGGAGAAGGGCGCGGGGGCGGGGCGACGAGCUGACGGCGCUGCUUGGGGGACGGCGGCGAGCUUGAGCGGCUGGUGCCUCGUGGACCGCUGUCGACGGCGGCGACGGCGGGCGCAACAGCCUGAGGACUCGCGGCCUUCCAUUCGGGCCCCGCGGGCUGCACGCCCUCCCGGACGACCAACAGCCGCGGCGCCCUGCGCCACGCACGCCCGGCCCGCGCGCCGCUCGGCAGCUCCGCCAGCCCUCGCCGCGCCCGCGCCGCCCGGAGCCCCUGCCGACAUCAAGGAGCCCGUGCUGACGCCGCGCACCUCCCCGCGCCCCCCGCGCCGAGGAGGGCGACGGCGCCGACGGCGGCGGGCGGGCGGCUCGCCUCGCCGGCGCUUCUCCUCCGAGGCCGACACGCCGCUCUGGAUCCCCGCCGCGCCUCACUCCGCCCCCGCUCAGCUCGCCCCCCGCUGGCGCCACUGGGCGUGGCGCGCGCGCCCGCCCCGCGCUCCGCCCACCCCCACCCCGGCGCACGCUGGACGCCGCGCGCCGGCACCCUGC